AUGGAUAUUCAGAUGAUAGGAAACGCGUAUGGCGCUGCCGAAUAUACUGCUGCUUACGUGAGCAAAGCCGAACCUGACACAUUGCGCUUCCGAAGCACUGUCGCUGCAGCUGUUAAGCGAUGUGACCCGAAUCUCCCUUACUCCGCUAUACAACAGCAGCAGAAGAAGAAAACAACGAAGAAGAAGCACGAGAAGAAGGAGGACGAGAAGGACGUCUCGGCUGUUACUGUUCUUAAAAGAAUAGCUAACGCCACAUUGGCUGUUCGUGAGGUAAGUGCCCAAGAAGCUUACUUCAUACUGCUUCGAGAAUUAAAAAUGUAUGGUAAGUCUCGUAAAGUAAGCCGAGUGAAGGUUUUGCGUCAUCACUUGCGAUAUUACCGAAGCCUUACGGAACUUGGGCAUCGACAAACCGCCUCAACUCGAUAA